AUGCCUUGCCCAUUGACGGAAUCCGAUGAGCUGGUUUUCUUUGUGAAUGGGAAGAAGGUGACGGAGAAGAAUGUGGACCCAGAAGUGACCCUCCUGGCCUUCUUGCGAAAGAACUUAUGCCUCACUGGUACCAAGUACGCCUGUGGAAGAGGAGGCUGCGGUGCCUGCACUGUGAUGGUGUCUAAGCAUGACCCAGUGUCCAAGAAGAUAAGACACUUCUCUGUCGCUGCAUGUCUGGUGCCCAUCUGCUCUCUGUAUGGGGCAGCAGUCACUACAGUGGAAGGUGUCGGAAGUAUCAAAACCAGACUUCACCCCGUGCAGGAGAGAAUUGCCAAGAGCCAUGGCACACAGUGUGGAUUCUGUACCCCUGGGAUGGUGAUGUCUAUGUAUGCCCUGCUCAGGAACCAUCCACAGCCCUCAGAGGGGCAGCUCAUGGAAGCCCUUGGAGGUAAUCUAUGCCGCUGCACCGGAUAUCGACCAAUUCUCCAGAGUGGCAGGACUUUCUGCAAGGAAGCAGAUGGCUGUCAGCAGCAAGGAACAGGACAAUGCUGUCUGGAUCAGAGAGAAAACAAUUGCCCCUCACUUAGCAGCAAAAAUGACAUAUGCACGGAGUUAUUUGCAGAAGAAGAGUUCCAGCCCUUGGACCCAACCCAGGAGCUCAUAUUUCCCCCAGAACUUUUGAGGAUGGCGGAGAAUCCAGAAAAACGGACCCUGACAUUUUCCGGAGAGAGGGUUACCUGGAUCUCCCCAGGGACGCUGCAGGAUCUCUUGGAGCUGAAAGUGAAGCACCCUGAAGCCCCCCUCGUCCUGGGAAACACCUCCCUGGGACCUGCAAUGAAAUCCAGAGGACACUUUCACCCGAUUCUCCUCUCCCCUGGCAGGAUUUCUGAGCUGAAGAUGGUCACUAAGACCAGUGAUGGUCUGACUAUUGGUGCUGGUUGCAGCCUGGCACAAGUGAAGGACAUCUUGGCUGAGAGCAUCUCCGAGCUCCCAGAGGAGAAAACUCGGACCUACCAGGCCCUCCUGAAGCACCUGCAGAGCCUGGCAGGCCAGCAGAUCCGGAAUAUGGCAUCCUUGGGAGGACAUAUUAUAAGCCGGCACUGCUAUUCGGACCUGAAUCCAGUUCUCGCUGUGGGUAAUGCUAUCCUCAAUCUGCUAUCAGAAGGUGGUCCACGGCAGAUUCCCCUCAAUGAUCAUUUUCUUGCUGGGGUGGUGAGUGCAGACCUUAAGCCAGAAGAGAUUUUGGAAUCUGUAUUCAUCCCUCAUUCCCAAAAGUGGGAAUUUGUGGCCGCCUUCCGACAGGCGCAGUGCCAACAAAAUGCCCUGCCAGAUGUGAACGCUGGCAUGCGGGUCCUGUUCACAGAAGGCACUGACACCAUUGAGGACCUGGGCAUCAUCUAUGGCGGAGUGGGCGUGUCCACCGUCAGUGCACACAAAUCCUGCCGUCAGCUUCUUGGCAGGCACUGGAAUGAGCGAAUGAUGGAUGAGGCUUGCAGGCUGCUUCUGGAUGAAGUCUCCCUCCCAGGUUCAGCUCCCGGGGGCAAGGUGGAGUUCAAGAGAACUCUGCUAGUCAGCUUCUUCUUCAAGUUCUACCUAGAGGUUUCACAGGAACUGAAGACACAAGUAAAGCUCUUCUCUGUGCCUGUAAGUCUUCACAGCCGUCGUUAUCCUGAAAUUGCACCCUCGUCCCUAAGCACUCUGAGAGAUUUCCCUGGCACAAUACCAGAGGGAGUUCAAACAUACCAGAGAGUGGAUUCUCACCAACCCCUCCAAGAUCCUGUCGGACGCCCUAUCAUGCACCUAUCAGGUCUUAAACAUGCCACAGGUGAAGCCAUAUUUUGUGAUGACAUCCCCAGAGUGGAUAAAGAACUUUUCAUGGCUUUGGUGACCAGUACCAGGGCCCAUGCAAAAAUCAUAUCAAUUGAUCCAUCUGAGGCCCUUCAACUACCUGGGGUGGUUGAUGUGGUUACAGCUGAAGACAUCCCAGGCACCAAUGGUACUGAUGAUGACAAAUUGCUGGCCAUCGAUGAGGUACUUUGUGUGGGCCAGAUCAUCUGUGCUGUGGUUGCAGAUACCGACGUACAGGCAAAACGAGCCACUGAAAAGAUAAAGAUCACCUAUGAAGACCUGGAACCUGUCAUUUUCACCAUUGAGGAUGCCAUAAAACAUGGUUCAUUCUUGUGCCCUGAAAAAAAGCUUGAGCAAGGAAACAUUGAGGAGGCAUUUGAAAUGGUGGAUCAAAUUGUUGAAGGAGAAGUCCACGUUGGAGGACAAGAACAUUUUUACAUGGAAACACAAAGAGUCCUUGUUAUUCCCAAGACAGAGGACAAAGAACUGGAGAUUUAUGUGUCCACACAGGAUCCGGCCCAUGUGCAGAAAACAGUGUCUUCCACUCUAAACAUCCCCAUCAACAGGAUCACCUGCCAUGUAAAACGAGUGGGUGGAGGUUUUGGAGGGAAAGUAGGAAGGCCUGCUGUAUUUGGGGCACUUGCUGCAGUGGGCGCUAUCAAAACUGGUCGUCCCAUUUGUCUUGUUCUGGAUCGUGAGGAUGAUAUGCUAAUUACUGGGGGAAGACACCCAUUAUUUGGAAAAUAUAAAGUGGGGUUCAUGAACAGCGGGCGCAUCAAAGCUCUAGAUAUCAAGUGCUACAUCAAUGGAGGAUGUGUGCUGGAUGACUCGGAGCUGGUAAUAGAAUUUCUUAUACUGAAGCUGGAAAAUGCCUAUAAAAUCCGCAACCUCAGAUUCCGAGGCCGCGCAUGCAUGACAAAUUUACCAUCGAACACAGCUUUUCGUGGGUUUGGCUUCCCACAAGGAACCCUAGUGACCGAAUCUUGCAUCACUGCUGUGGCAGCCAAAUGUGGGCUCCCUCCCGAAAAGAUUAGGGAGAAAAACAUGUACAAAACAGUUGAUAAAACCAUCUACAAACAAGCAUUCAAUCCUGAGCCCCUGAUAAGAUGUUGGAAUGAAUGUCUGGACAAGUCUUCCUUUCACAGUAGAAGAAUGCAGGUGGAAGAGUUCAAUAAGAAGAAUUACUGGAAGAAGAAAGGCAUUGCUAUUGUCCCCAUGAAGUUUUCAGUGGGCUUCGGUGCAACAAGCUAUCACCAGGCAGCUGCACUUGUUCAUAUCUAUACCGAUGGGUCUGUCUUGGUCACACAUGGUGGCAAUGAACUGGGACAAGGUAUUCAUACCAAAAUGUUACAGGUGGCCAGCCGAGAAUUAAAACUACCCAUGUCCUAUAUGCACAUCUGUGAAACAAGCACAGCCACAGUGCCUAAUACAAUUGCUACAGCAGCAUCCAUCGGCGCCGAUGUCAACGGCAGAGCUGUGCAGAAUGCUUGUCAGAUCCUACUGAAACGCCUUGAGCCCAUCAUUAAGAAAAAUCCAGAAGGUAGAUGGGAAGACUGGAUACAAGCAGCAUUUGAACAAAGAAUCAGUCUCUCUGCCACUGGAUAUUUCAGAGGCUACAAGGCCUUCAUGGACUGGGAGAAAGGGGAGGGAGACCCAUUUCCAUACUACGUCUAUGGAGCUGCCUGUUCUGAGGUUGAAGUUGACUGUCUGACAGGUGCUCACAAGAAAAUCAGAACAGACAUCGUCAUGGAUGCAUGUUGCAGUCUAAAUCCGGCCAUUGACAUUGGGCAGAUAGAAGGUUCAUUUAUUCAGGGCAUGGGCCUUUAUACCACAGAAGAGCUGCACUAUUCCCCAGAGGGUGUCCUGUACUCUAGGAGCCCAGAUGAGUAUAAAAUUCCAACCAUCACUGAUGUCCCUGAGCAGUUCAACGUCUCCUUGUUGCCAUCAUCUCAAACUCCACUAACCAUUUACUCAUCCAAGGGCCUUGGAGAGUCUGGAAUGUUCCUGGGGUCAUCUGUGUUCUUUGCCAUUGGUGAUGCUGUUGCAGCGGCCCGCAGACAAAGAGACAUAACUGCAGACUUCACAGUCAAGAGCCCAGCCACACCAGAGCGGGUUCGAAUGGCCUGCACAGACUGGUUCACAGAAAUGAUUCCAAGAGAUGACCCUAAGACAUUUAAGCCUUGGUCUAUACCCAUAGCAUAACCCUGCUGUCAUUUCUUAAAAGAUAUUUCACUGUUGCAAGAGGAAAAACAGCUUGCUAAUUCUAGUUAGAUUCUAGACUGGUAAUUCUGGACACAUUAUCCUAGUUGUAUUACAUUAGCAAAAAUGAAUCAUGACAAAUUAUAUACUUGGACUCAGCCUAGAACCACCAAACAUUGCAAUACCUAAAGCAAGCAUCUAUAAUGCUGAUUUGUUUUGAAAAUAUCAUGUGAAUGUUGUAUCAAAGGCUCAUACAGGUCAUGAUCAUUGAAUGAAAGAUGUUUCCUAGAAGAUUAAUAUACAAUGACUUUUCCCCAUGACAUAUUUGAUCAGAUACCCACAGAGCAGCAACACCAUAAGAGUUCUGCAAGUUUUUCUUCUGUUUUCACUGAGGACUGGGAACAGAGUCUGGAUAUGUAUAUUUGACAGCAAAGGUGUGCUAUUUACCUCAUGUACAUGGACUAUGUGACUGCUCAACAUUUCUUUGGAAUAUGGAGCGGGGAGGGAACAGUGUAAAACAUUAUCACAAAAUGCUUUGGUUUAAUUUUUUUUGAUUUGUGGAUAAAAAAACAUAAUUUGCUAACCGAGUUAGCAAAUUAUACUACAUGACUCAGUUUCCUGCACACUGAAGUAAGAAAC